AUGUCUACAGAUCUAGAAUUCCGGUUGGAAAUCCAAUUACCCAAAAUCAACGUAAUUACAGCUACUUUAUCUUCACAGAAUUCAGACGAUGGAAAAAAUUCAAGAGAUAGCGAAGAAGAAGAAGAAAUCAAAACCCCAAGAUCUCCUCAGUAUUUGAUCCCCAAAAUUCUCAGCUGUCCACCUGCCCCAAAGAAGCCGAAAAGAGUGAUCUCGUGCAAGAGAAAAUUAGUAGAUGAGCUUCAGUUUUUUGAAGUUGCGGCAAGAGAAGAAGUUGACUCAUUCUUCAGGUCUGUUGAUCAUGUUAAAAGAAGGUGUCUUCUGUAA